ACCCUUCCCCGGACUUCUUUAAAAAUAUUGAAACAAGUUAAGUCUCGUCAUAGGUUGCUGCAACUUGAACGUUCAAUGUUUUAACGCGCUAUUAAAAGUUUCAAAAUGGCGCCUGACAAGUCGCAAAGCCCUUACCCGAGAUCUGAUUCUCCGCCCUGCUGCAGUUCAUCGGCGAUCCGCAACCUGAAGAAUUCCUCAUUCGGGUAUAAGAACUCCCCGUGUUAUCCCGUGGAAACGUCUUCGUCAUCGGAAGAUAACGAACGAUCACGCAGCACGCAAGAUCGGACAGGCGGCAACUUGACGGACGCCUCUGACGAAAUUAGCAAUCAGCAGGCACCAGAUGACGCGAGUCUUGAGUUGUCCAGUGAAUACGCCAGCAAUGCAGGUGCAAUUUUUGUCAGCGCGUCAGAGUAUUCCGAAAAGAAGAUGCAAAUCGAUCAGCUGGUACAGAAGAUGCUCGCUAUGGAGCAACAGCAGCGACAGCUGGAGGAGAAUGGAUGCUGCAACGAGGAACUCCUCGAUCUCAAAGUGCGCCUGGGGAAGCUCAACGCCCGACUGGAGGCACUCGGUGAGUUUCUGGACACGCUGCGUGUGCAGGAUGUACAGCCUGUGAUCAAGAUCAAGGAUGAGCCCGAGAUUGAGCAGAUCGAACAGCCCCAGUGGUCCAACUUGUACUCGGGCCUAAACCGCUAUCGCCACAAGGCGAAGCACACUUCUGCGGAAUUCUAUCAGCACAAAAGCAACAUAAUUGACAGUCUGAAGACCCUCUAUGAGCCUUCUGAGCCAAGUCCCACAAUCGAUGACUUGGAAAAGCAACCUGAACUCCUGAUGGUGCGCCUGCUGAAGCACCAGAAGGCUGGCUUGAAAUGGAUGCAGUUCCGCGAGCGGCAGAAGAUCUGUGGUGGAAUCCUGGCCGACGACAUGGGUCUGGGCAAGACAUUGAGUAUGAUCGCCCUGAUCUUGGCCUCUCAGGAAACUAAAAACAAGAAACGGGAAGAGAAGCAGCGGGCCUUGAAGUUAAAGUGGACCCAGGAGUUUAAUCGAAUGAAGACUAAUAAAGUCCGACAAUUUCGUAUGUUUGAUGAUGACGAGGAGUCCGAGGAGGAAGAAAAGUACGAGCCACCAGAGAAGCGAUUAUGCCAGGCCACUACUAAAUUAGGCAUAAAAUUUCGUGUUCUCGAUGAUGAAGAAGAGGCUGGAGAAAAGAAAGAUGUCAAGGCGGCAGAAAAGCCCUCUGAACCAGAAGUUUUCAGUUCAGAUGAAGAGGAGCAGGCUAACGUUCGCUAUCCCUCGGCAAACACAUUAGUCGUGUGCCCAAUGAGCUUGAUGUGCCAGUGGGCCCAGGAAGUUUCUACCAAAGUGGCGCCAAAUGGCCUCAAGGUGUUGACAUUUCACGGACCCAAUCGCCAUGAUAUCGGGAUAGAGGGCUUUAGAAGCUACGAUAUAAUCAUUACCUCAUACAACCUUUUAAUAACCGAACUCAAGCGAUAUGGAAAUGCAUCCCUGCUCUUCGCCGUACACUGGAACCGCGUUAUCCUGGACGAAGCCCACGUCAUUCGGAACGUACGAACCAGUGGCUGUAGCUCAGUCUGCCAGCUUCGAGCCCGUUGUCAUUGGGCCUUGACAGGAACUCCUGUCCAGAACAGAGCCAUCGAUGUGUUUGCUUUGCUGCGCUUCUUGGAGGUACCGAAUUUUCGCGACCUCCAGCAGUGGAAAAAGUACUUAAAUGAAGGCAUGCGCGGCCAUCGCCGGCUAAACUUUAUUAUUAAACCUUUAAUGCUGCGCAGGACAAAGAAACAGCUGCAGAAAUCAGGCGACAUGCCUGCACUGCCACCUUUAAAAGUUGAAUUAAUUUGCGUACAGCUGUCGGAGCCGGAAAUGGCGGUGUACCAGAUUUUAUCCGCCAUCUCGAAAAACAUAUUUACUCAAUUUUUGAGGCAACGGGAGCAGGGUAACAGUGAUUUAAAUUAUUAUGCCCUAGAAAGGACGCCGCAGUUUAUGGAGGAAUCAUUUGACGUAAAGUACACUGCAAUCUACCACAGAUUCCUGAAGUCACUUGGUUACCAUCCGGGAGCUAAGAUCAAGGGUAUCGUUAUCCUGGUGUUGCUUCUACGUUUGCGACAGUUCUGCUGCCAUCCGGGUCUAAUGCUUGGGAUGCUGUGUGGUGCCAUGACCGCCGAAGAUGUCCAGAACGUGAGGGUGGACGUUUCAGAUGUAGAGGGUUCACUUAAGAUGGAUGUACUUGCGGAAUUGGACAAGUACGAUCAACCUGCUAACGAAGAUGAUUUGUUUGAAGAAGAGGACGAUGUUCCGAGAAAUCAAAAUGUCAAACUGGAGGACGUAAAAGAUGAAAAGGACACCCUCACAGAAGUUAUGGAGGAGACUAUGCCGUGGGAUAUGGAAGAUGAACAACCAUCAGGUAGUUCCCAUAAUCCACUAGAUGCUGCCAGAGCUCUUAAGCUGCUUAAUCCUCAGAAUCCCAUCUUCGAAUUUGAACGGCCUUCUGCCAAACUAAAACUAGUCCUCGAGAAGCUGGACGAGCUACUUACGGGAACCAACGACAAAAUCAUUGUUACAUCUCAGUGGCUGAGCUACCUUAGCAUCAUUCGCACGCGUCUGCAGGAACAAUCAUGGGAAACACUUGACUUUACUGGCCAAUUGUGCGCCAAAGAUCGCGAGCUGGUACUGCGAGACUUCAACGCCAGCAAUGACAAGCGGGUUCUCCUGCUUUCCCUCACCGCAGGCGGAGUCGGACUGAAUCUCAAUGUGGCAAAUCAUAUGAUUAUGGUGGACCUUCAUUGGAACCCGCAGCUCGAGCGACAGGCUCAGGAUCGUAUCUAUCGAUAUGGUCAAAAGAAGCCCACCUUCAUUUAUCGCUACAUGUGUCAGGACACCGUGGAACAGCGAAUUAAGGCGCUGCAGGAUUACAAGCUAGAGAUUGCCAAAGUAGUGGUUCCAGAGGAAGAAGGAGGUGUGUCCAGACGCGGUGGCGGUGGUCUUAACCUCGAGGAGCUUAAGAAACUGUUCUCAAUGUGAGAUUAAAUAUUUAACUUCGUUUUAUGUUUAUUUAAGCAGUCUACGUUUUUUGUUAUCCUUGAAAAUUUUGAAAUCGUAUCCGUAUCACAGAGUUCAUUAAGCUCUUUAAUUUUUUGUUACUUAUGUUACUCAGAACUAAAGUAAGGUUUUGUACUCUUCUGUACAGUCGUAAACUUGACCUCAGCAUUUAAUGCGAUUUGUUAACUAUUAAUGUGUUCAUCGGUUAACAAAGAAAGUAUAUAUAUAAUAUAUAUUUUGAUAAA